AUGUCAUCACUAACAGAAUUUCAGAAGAAUGUGCUGGAGAUCAUAAGUACUGCUGCAACGCCCAUGGAGAUCUUCAAUCAAAUGCUUGUUGUUCCCAUCAUUAACACGGUGUCUGCAGCCAUGGAGGAGAAAUGGGAACUUAAUAACGGGAAAGCAGGGAUUCUUGAGCCAUCUACUGGAAGAUUGUCACAGGAUGGACUUAUUUUUCAGCAAAACUUUACUGUCAACUCAUAUGAGAUAGGAAGUGAUUUCAGAAUAUCCAUUGAGGCCUUGAUGAAUUAUUUACAGGAAACAUCACUCAACCAUUUCAAGAGUGCAGGAAUACUGGCUGAUGGUUUUGGGUCAACAUUAGAGAUGACUGCAAAUGACCUCAUAUGGUUGGCUUGUCGGUCGCAUAUGGAGGUCUAUCACUAUCCUUCAUGGGCCGAUGUUGUUCAAGUAGAAGGUUGGAUGUGUAGGUCAGGGAGGAACAGUAUGCGUCGAGAGUGGCGGAUCCGAGACUUGAAGACAGGCAAAACUCUGAUGCGGGCAUCAAGUUUAUUUGUGCUGAUGAAUAAGAAAACAAGGAAAUUUUCUAAGGCAAGCGAGGAAGUCAUGGGAGAACUGAAACCUUUUUUUAUGCACUUUGACCUUCCCAUGAACAAGGAUAGCAGAAAACUUCAGGGGCUUGAUAUUGAUAAAGCAGAUUACAUUCGCACCGGUUUAAAUCCUGGAUGGACGGACAUGGAUGUCAAUCAACAUGUGAGUCAUAUCAAACUGGUUAACUAUGUUCUCGAGGGCGUUCCUCGCUCAGUUGUGGAGAGUGAUGAGCUUUGCGCCAUGACUUUGGAGUAUCGGAAGGAGUGCAAUAUGGAUAGUGUGCUGCAAUCUCUUUCCAAAUUCAGUAGCAAUCAUUUUAUAAAUAAUCAAGAAAUUGAGUUGGAUCAUUCGCUGAGCCUUGAGUGUGGAACUGAAUUAGUAAGGGGAAGGACCAGCUGGAAGAAAUAG